AUGAAGGGCCAAUCCAUCACCUUCAUGAAGGGGCUAAAGGUCAUUCUCGCCCAGAUGGAGACAUUUCCUCACAGGUACUGCCACAAGCGGGCAAUCAAACGAGCUGCCACUCCCCCACCAACCAUCGAUCUCGACCUGGCAGACGAUGAGCUCUUCCCAUGCGAUUGCACUCUACAGGGCAUAAACUCCCUGGAUGUUGCCUACUUCCGCAAUCCACUACUCAGCUCGCUCAAGACGAAGGAGUGCGGCCUGGACUACAUCAGGCGCGCCCUCGACCCCCUAGAGCCCAUGAGCACCUGCAAGCGGUGCUCGGAGAAGGAAUACGUCCGAGCCUUCCUCCAUCUGCUCUGCUCAACGAUCCUGCAGAGGUGCCGGGCGUUCUAUCAGCACCUGGUCCGGACGUACGAGGGCAAGGACCAGCAGCCUCUUUUGCAUAGUGAUUACCAGCUUGCAACGGUUGAGGAACAGGCGGCGCUGCUGUGUAUGUUCACUCAUGUCGAGGUAAAGCGGUUCCACGACUGUGUGGGUCGCAUUAUCGAGAUGCUCAGAGAACAGCCCAUGUUCGAUGAGGAUUCGUGGGCCCUCAUCAAAGGUCAAGCCUAUAAGCUGGCCAUCGAUACGGCUGAGCUUCGCUUCCGAUCGAUCCACUGCUAA